AUGUGCGCUGCUGUGGAUCCCGUCGAACCGGAGAAAAUAUUGGAUGCGGUCACCAAACACGGAUUAACGCUGUCAUCUGUAUUAACCACUCAUCACCAUGCGGAUCAUGCAAGCGGAAAUGGUGCUUUGGCAAAAAAGUGGAAAGAGACAUCUGGCGAGAAACUUAUCAUAUACGGUGGUGAUAAGCGGGUUGAUGCUUUGACUAACCUGGUCUCUGACGGGGAGGUGAUAAAAGUUGGCCACACUCUGAAUGUGAAGUGCUUGGCAACACCAUGCCACACAACCGGGCACAUAUGCUACUACGUCUCGGAUUCCACCAAAGACUGCCGUGCUGUUUUCACUGGAGAUACACUUUUCCUUGGUGGUUGUGGUCGGUUUUUUGAAGGUACACCGGAGCAAAUGUGA